GUUCCUGUUUCAGCUGUCAUUGUCCAAACAGGAGCGACGGAUUUGGAUUUCAGAUGUCGGUGAUUGCACUGGUUAUACUCACCGGAGCGGUUUGUACUUCUGCAACAAGGCCCCUCCACAACUUGCACUUCAUCUAUGGGUGCUAUGACUCCGGCGACGUACGGGUAGAUAUACUUGUCGAUGACGACGUGGCCGGGUACGCUGAUUUCAGUAAAGAAGAAGUAGUGUGGGCGUUACCUCACCUGCUACCAAGUAUAGCAGCCAUCUCCAAAAAACAGGCUUAUGAAAUUGCGAAAGCAACCAUCAUUCACUGUCACAGCGUUUUGGUUAAAUCAGAACGAGCCGAUCCUGGUGCUGCCUUACGACAAGAUGCUCCAGAAAGCUCCAUGUACACCCGGUACGAAGGGGAAGACGGUGUGGUGAACACUCUCUUCUGUUUGGCCAAUCACUUCUACCCUCCCACUAUCAAUUUCACAUGGAUAAAGAACGGUGCGCAGGUCACAGAUGGAGUAUCGUACCUGCGUUACCUCCAAAACAGUGACGGGACGUUUCACAGAACUUCAAUGCUGAGUUUCACUCCACGGGUGGGGGAUGUUUACGCCUGUUCAUUGGAGCAUCAAGCCUUACAAGAGCCUCUCAUCAGGAGCUGGGAGCUGGAGGAGAGGAAGAGUGGAGUGAGUCCUGCGGCUGGGUUCUUCAUGGCCAGCCUUGUUUUUUGUGUGAUAGGAAUCGGGGUUGGAGUCUUCUUGUGCAUCAAGCAGCCAAACUAGCACCUUCAUCUUUGAGCUUGGAGAGUCUGGCCUUCAAGUCAUCAAAACAACAACACCACCUCACACCUCACCCAUACGUCAUGUAAAUGGACUAUAUAGCAUUUCUACCAUACAUGAGCAUGCUGCUCAUCACUUUUAGGAGCUAACUAUUCAUACGCAUUUACACACAGAUGGCGCAGUGUUUCAGUAUCUUGCCCUAGGACGCUUUGACAUGAGGAGGAGCCGGAAGGUCGAACCGCCGAUCAUCUGAUUAGUGGACGCUAACUCCGAGCCACAGCCACCCCAUGUCCAGCACAGACCACAGUAUGGAGUGUGGACUGGUAGCUGGAGAGGUGCCAGUUCAUCUCCUGGCACAGCUGAGCUGCCCUUGAGCAAGUUACUGAAUCCUUAACUGUCCAUCAUUCCACAUGUAUAUGUCAUAAGCCCUGUGUGUGUCUUUCCUGAUUGAGGGGUACGAAGGGACUUCUUCUUCAGACUAUAAUAAGAAUAAUAAUAGUAAUAAUAAUAAUAAUAAUGAUAAUAAAGCAAUAAAGCCUU